CUAAACUUGUUUUCGCGAGAAUCUUGUGAGCAUCGUCAAUUUUAUUUUGAUUGCGAAAUUGUCAUAGAAUUAGAUAAGGAUUGGUGAAUCAGUGAGCUUAUCGGAAUAGUGUUAUUAUGUUUUAUGUGCAAUAGUCAAUCGCCAGCCAAGUGGAGCUCAUAAAGAAGUUGCUUGCCAUGGCCGGCCCGUCCGACGGCGAUCCCGACGGAUGGGUCGAGUUCUGCGACCGUCAGGCCAAAGCUGCCGCACAGGACUUCGCCAAGGCAUGCUUAAAUUACAUUCAGACGGGUGCUAAUGACCUUUCAAACCGACCUAACGUCUCACAAAAGGAAUUUUUAAAGAAAUUUGUCGACUGUUUCACUGAACAAUUUGACUUUGAGUUUGGUAAACUGAAAGCGCAACACAAGCUUCCAAACGGUACACAUACCGGCCACGAUGAAAGCGACUACUCGGAGGACACGGAUUCUCCGAAAACACAACAUAAACCAUUCUUUCGACGGUUAUCUUUCAAAGGUUUACGGCGUGGUAAAGGUCUAUUCCACAAACAAAAUUCUGACGAAGUUGAAUUGUCAUCUAAUUUGAAUAAGCACAGUAAAACGAAACUCGCGAAAAUUGUUGUUGAAUGUAGAAAGGAAGGAUUAGUUAAUUAUUUAACACCGGAGAGCUUAGAACAGCCUGGAAGUCCACAGAAGUGGGAGAAAUGUAGGUUAGCUUUAGUAAAAACAGUUGGAGGCUAUAUGUUAGAGUUUUAUUCACCACCAAAGGCUCAAAAGCCAAGGAGUGGUGUGUUUUGUUUUUUAAUAUCUGAAGCUCGGGAAACCACAGCUUUGGAGAUGCCGGAUCAUGAAAAUACAUUUGUUUUAAAGGCAGAUAACAAUAUGGAAUAUGUAAUAGAAGCAGCUGAUGUAGAUGAUAUGAAAUCGUGGCUGGCCACUAUAAAGUACUGUAUGCGGUCCGCGCCCACCACGCAGCCUCCGCCGGAGUCGCUGGCGGGGCUGCCGGAGCCCGCGCCCCCUGACCUGCCGCCGCGUCGAGACCUCCCACCCAGCACUAGUAAUGCUGACUUAACAAAUGACACUCCAGAAGAAGGGGAGUUAGGUUCAAUAGCGGAAGAGGCGUGUGCAGCUUCAGGACGUAUUUCGAUGUCGGAGUGGCCGUGGUUCCACGGCACGUUGGCGCGCUCGGCGGCCGCGGCCUGCGUGCUGGCGGGCGGCGCGGCCGCGCACGGCUGCUACCUCGUCAGACAGAGUGAGACCAGGCGGGGAGAGUAUGUACUCACUUUCAACUUCCAGGGUCGCGCUAAACACCUCCGUAUGACAUUAUCUGAUACCGGUCAGUGCCGGGUGCAGCACCUCUGGUUCCCCAACGUGCAGGAAAUGCUGGAGCACUUCCGUGCGCAUCCCAUCCCGCUGGAGUCUGGCGGCGCCGCUGACGUCACGCUCACACAGUUCGUCGUCUGCCAGGAUCAUGACAGACGACAAGUGAACUCCCAGCUUGGAGUGUCACUUGGUAGUAACGUGAGAAUGGGACGUGCGGAAAUGGAGGCUCUUAUAGUCGCAGCCAACACGCCCCAGCCCCAGCCUCAGCCUCAGUCCCAGUCCCAGGACACGCGGGCGGUGGACAACAAAUACAGCUUCGUGUAACAUUUGCUCUGCUAUAUACUGCCUUGCCACGGAUUAACUCCUGUCACUUUGACAACUGACAUCUGUCAGUUGACGUCAGUUUAGUAAUAUCAAAUGGGACACAGCCGUGAGAGGCGUAUCGGUUGAGUUUGUCAGAAAAUAGGUCAAUCGUUUACAGAUUAAAAAAUGGCUCGAAGGGAGGGCGUCAGUGAGCGCUAUUCACUUAUGCCUACCGUCUUCACUAGUCAUCGGUCAAUAUUAGUUGAAUUGUGUUGGAAAAUAAUUUUUAUCGUAUACUUUUAAAAAUUGUUAGACGUUUUCAGAUUUAAAUCCAAUCUUUAAUAAGUGAAUUAGAGGCAGAAUAGGGACAAGUAUAAAAGGAGUCUACAACUGACUUGAAGCAGUUUAAUGGUGACCUCAAAUUUCGUUUCAAAGCGGUGAUAGUCAACUAGGUCCGUGUAAGCCGGAACUAAUAUUUUGUUAAUCUAAUGUUUUAAACGAAAUUUCUGUUAUCUUAAACGGGAUUCUUAGGACCACUUUUUCCUUGCAAGCGCACUUUACGUAUUUAUAACUGCAACAUUAAAAGUUGGGUAGUCUUAAAUUUGCUGACUUUUAGGUUAUUUUGUGCAAUACCUUAUUUAAUUAGUGCAAAUAUAAAUUAAGAAAUAACUGUAGGAAAUUAUAUGUAGUAAUUUUGUUAUUUCAUUAUAUUUAUUGUUUGAUUUUGAUUUAAUUGUUAACUAGGAUAUUCGUAAGGCAUUUAUAGACGCUAUGCUGUUUAGUAUCAGGAAGUAUUCGUGUAAAGCUAUACCUAUAGAUAUAUAAACUAUAGAUACAUAAUCCAGAGUACAAAAGUGAGGCAUAAAAGCUUCUGAAAGACUCGUAAAUACCUUAGGACCUGUUCCACCAAAUUGUAAAUUGUCUGACAAUUCGACGUGUAAAAUAUAUGAUGGAAAUUUCCCUUAUCUGAGAGUGACAUCAUUUUUAAGCCUCUAGCAGCCAGUGGUGGGAUAGGCCCUUUAUGUUAUUUACAAGAUGACAUUUUAUAGACAGUGAAGUCAAACUUGUAAGAACCCUUCAUCUAUAGAUUAUAUAUCUACAAGAAAUGGUUGCUGUUUUUUUGUAUGAAUCUUUUGGCAAUUAUUAACAUACGGAUAGAAUAUAUUAAGAUUAUUGUAAUUAGUGCAGUUAUCCGCCCUUCCCCUUCCUACGUUUAUAUUUCCGUAAGUUACAUAUACAUUCCGUUAUAUGUACCUAACGACGAUUGUUAUAUGAAAUAUAUUUUUAUAUAAUAAAGAAAAGUCGUUAUAAAGUAUUUUUAAUGUAUUCCAUAAGUAUUCUAUAGUCAACUGCCAAUAUUACGUCAAUGUAUGUAGGAUAACUACCCACAUUUGCUUAUUGCAAUUAAAUCGAAACUAAGUUUCUUAGAAGCAUAAUCUAGUCAUAAAUACUUGAACAGUAUUUUAGAAUAUAAAAGGCUAGUUUGAAUCCAUUUUUGGAUUAAUUGAAAUCUGUAUCGAAUCUAUAUUUAGAUUUAUAGAAAAACAGAAGCGAAAUAAAGCUACUGAACUGAUAUUUACAAGACUUUAAAAUCAAUUUUUAAUAUAAAUCAUCUAAGAGCGCGCAAUUUGACUAAACUAUCGCACAACUGUUGA